AUGGCACAAAACGCUACCCUACUCACUCCUGUUGUCGUGCUUGGCCAUACCGACGUUCAGGGAGACUGGCCCAGGGACCCUGAAAAGCUUCCUGUCAAUGAAAUUGACAAUGGUGUAUUCAUCAAUGAAUUGGCGAAUACUGACCAUUUGCCGGGGAGGCUUGAACCCUUGAGCGAUGCCGAGAAAAAGACAUUUGAGCAAAACCCUGAGAAUCUACAUCGGAAAGCCUAUGAACAAGGGGCGUCUCCGAUUGAGGAAGGAACAUACAGGGGGACUCAGCUGGCGCUUACCAAGAUCUACGAUCUUAUAGAACAGCGUUUUGUAUCCUUCAUGGAUACAGCCAACUUCGAGCCCUUGGUUCCGUCGCCUCUGACCAGGGACCAGAAACGCAAGUUCUUUGCCUUCACCAAUGGCUCAGACGGCUACCCGCCACAUCUUAACCUUGCCGGCAAUGCGCCAGCUGCAGCGAAGGACAAAGGCGACCAUAAAUCAACACUCCAGCCGUCUUAUCUUUUCAAUAAGAUGCGCCUCCUUCAGCUAAGCUCGCUCUUACCUAGCGUGGUACCAAAUAGAUUCAUAAGAGAAACUGCGGAGACAACCGCAUCCGCUUAUUUUGGCUCUAUGGGCAGACCCGACGCCGGGGAAAGGCUUGAAGAUGUGGAAAGAUAUAACAGGGAGGCUCGCAGAGCAUGGUUCCGGAGAGAUAUAUUCAAUCUUCCCAACAUGGGCGAUUUGUCAGAUUGGUACAGCGACGCGCGAUUUGCCCAGCAGCAGUUUACAGGGACGAACCCUACAACAAUUGAACUGGCUUCAGAUCGUUGGAUAGAGCAUUUUAUUGAAGCCGCAGAAGGCCCAGAUGACGCGGCGGCUAAAACGACCAUUGCGGAUCUCCGUGAAAGCUGCCAGGAGUCUUUGUACAUGCAGGAUUACAGCUACUUUCGCGAUGCUGCUGGACUGGACCCAACUGCCAUCAUCAAAUGUGAGUUUGACGAACCAGAGGAGAAGGAUAAGAAGAAUAAAAGCUAUCGAUAUGGUUGCGCAGCUGUGUGUCUCUUUUAUCUUGAUGAUAAAGGUCAGCUUUACCCGCUAGCUAUCGUCAUCGACUGGCGGGGCAGUGCUGAGAAAUCUGUGACAAUCUACAACCGGGAAUUGAUCAAGCGGAAGGAUGUCCGGUCGGGAAGCAAAAAGCAGGCCCAAAACCAGAAGAUAACCGACGAGGCUCAUGACUGGGCCUGGAGAUAUGCCAAGACCUGCGUGCAAUGUAGCGACUGGCUUCGGCAUGAGGUCACCGUGCACCUCACCAACACUCAUUUAAUUGAAGAGGCCAUUAUCGUUGCCUCUCACCGACAGCUCGACCCGAACCAUCCUGUGAUGAAGUUGCUCUACCCACACUGGCAGAAGACCCUGGCACUCAAUGCAGCUGCCCGGAACACUCUCGUUCCCCAUGUCAUUGUCGACUUAAUUGGGUUUGAGGCGGAUGAAGCCUCUUCAUUUAUCCGGCACGCUUACAAGGACUUUGACUUCAAGAAACGCUACAUACCGACAGAUCUCAGCCAUCGUGGGUUCCCACCGGAGCAACUCGACCGUCCGAAGUAUCACAACUAUGCAUACGCUAGAUGCAUUCAUAGCAUGUGGCACAAGAUCAGGAGCUACGUGCAAGACAUGCUUGCUCUAGACUAUCCCGGGCCUGGCGCUGACCAAGACAUCCUGCGUGACGAAUACAUUCAGGCCUGGUCUGCAGAGAUGCGGAGUCCCAGUGGUGCCGAUUUGCCAUCCUUCCCGACCAUCAGCACCUUCGAGGAGCUGGUUGAUUGUGUAACUAUGUGUAUUCACAUCGCAUCUCCCCAGCAUACGGCUGUCAAUUAUCUACAAAACUACUACCAGUCCUUUGUCGUCAACAAACCUCCCUGCCUCUACACCGAGCCUCCAUCCUCUCUACACGACCUGCUCGGCUACACGGAGAAUCACCUUGUCAAGGCGCUGCCCAUGAAUCACACCCGAGAAUGGCUUCUUUCUUCGCAUAUACCAUACCUACUCAGCUUCAAACCAGGUAAUAAAGAAAGCCUGAUCAUCUACGCUGCUUCGAAAUUUCGAGUGUAUCGCAACAAGACCUCAGAGAAGGACAAAGCCAUCGCACAAGCGACCGGAAAUUUUUAUACAGCGCUCGCUGAUAGCGAAAGAGAAUUCAAGAGUUAUGCACAAGCGACUGAUGAUUGUGGAACCAUCUCCUACGAGGUGUUGAGCCCAGAGUGGAAUGCUGUGUCAAUUUUGAUAUAA